AUGGCUUCGUUACUGGGAGUCCCCCUCCAGAUUCGUGGGAGCCUCAUCCGACUCAACCAUCAGCACAAAUAUCCCUUACUCACCCUCCUGCGCAUGUUUAUCCCUUACCCGUCCUGGUUUUUCCCUAUUCCUGGUCCAAUCUCUCCGCGCGCACUUAUCGAAGACAAGAAAAAUGAGACUGGCAUUAUCUUAUCUCAUUUUGGCGACAUUCACAAUCUUCGCGCCAUUCCGAUCUGGCGCAUGCGCGACACGCCGCUGUGCGCUAUUUACAGGCUUUACGAGCUCCACCUCGCCGAUGAAUACGAGCUGACGGGAUGGGAAACGGAAUAUUUCUUUUUCCAAGAAAACUGGAAGCUGCAAGACAUACCAGACCCAAGGGACCCAGAUCCGCUACGGUAUGCGAUUCUGGCUUCGAUCAUGGAGGAAUUACACGAAGCUGUCAAUUGGAGGUUGAGUUUGGGGCUGCGGCGAAAUCGAGAACACGUAUAUCGAGAGCGGGAUAGCGACCCGUGGCCCCCUUUUACCCCCGAGGAACUACCUGGCUGGACCAAAAAGGUGCCGCCGAUUGAUCGGGAUCUCCUCAGACUGUCUGUACCAUCAGAUUCGCUUGACGCAGAGGGGAAUCUGGUGCUUGAGAAGAAUGGCAAAGGUACUAAUUUUGCCCGGCGCAAUAUUAUCACCAACACAGGCUGGUUCUACACCAUCUAG